AUGCCCGAAAAGAUCCACACUCACUUUGGCGGCGAAGAGGAGUCUGCUCCUCAGCAGAUCUCAUUGACUGCGCAAUCUCCAGUCCCCGAGGAAACUGGCCGCAAGAAGAAGCGCGCCAACAAACGAAAACGCGACGAGCCCGCCGAACCUUUACCGCCUCGCGAUCAUGAGCCUAUUCAACCCAAGAAGCCCUCACCAGCGACUGCGACUGCGGAAGAGUCUAAGUCGGAACCUAAAAUAGAAGAAAUCUCCCAAACUUCAUCGAAGAAGACCGCGCCCAAAAGGAAAUACAAGGACAACCCCAAACCUCUCACCGAUAACAAGACCAACUUCACAUCCCUCCGGGAAAAAGCCAACGUCCUCUACGAACUCCGGAAGAAACUCCCAAUCUUUGCACAUGCAGACGAGAUCAGAUCAAAGCUUCGAGACCAAGAUGUGAUGCUCCUGGUUGGUGAGACUGGUAGCGGAAAAAGUACCCAGAUCCCCCAGUUUCUGGUGAACGAAUUCUGGUGCCGACCCACCCCAGCCAAAGUGCCGCAGAAGGAUGGCUCCGUGAAGUCCAUGACUGUGGGUGGCUGUAUCGCGAUCACACAACCCCGUCGAGUGGCCGCCAUUUCCUUGGCUCGUCGCGUGGCAGAGGAAAUGGGAACACCGCUUGGAUCAUCGUCACCGGCUAGUAAAGUUGGUUACUCAGUGCGAUUCGACACAUCCACUUCGCCAAGUACCCGGGUCAAGUUCUUGACUGAGGGAAUGCUCUUGCAAGAAAUGUUGCACGACCCGUGGCUUACUCGGUACAGCGCAAUCGUGGUUGAUGAAGUACACGAACGAGGUGUCAAUGUCGAUUUGACCACGGGUUUCUUGCGUAAUUUGGUGUCUGGCAAGCGAGAAGGCCGCGGCGGAGUUCCUUUGAAAGUGGUGGUCAUGAGUGCUACAGCGGAUAUGGAGAGUCUACUUGGCUUCUUCCAAGAGGGAUUUAAACCUCAGCCCCAACUUGAGAACGGCGAAGCAGAUGGCAAAAUGGAAGAGCAAAAAGAGGAAGAGAGUUCCAAGCAAAUUUCAGUCUGCCACAUCAAGGGUCGGCAAUUCCCCGUGAAAACCAUAUACGCCCCAGCACCCGUUCAUGAUUACGUUGAUGCAGCUCUUAAAGUCAUUUUUCAAAUUCAUUACAAGGAACCAAUCCCUGGUGAUAUUCUAGUGUUCUUGACAGGUCAAGAGACUGUCGAAGCUCUGGAGAAGUUGAUCAAUGAAUAUGCCACCGGAAUGGAUCCUUCUUUACCGCGGAUACAAGUCCUUCCACUUUUUGCAGCCCUCCCCCAAGCUGCCCAACAACGAGUCUUUGUUCCCGCACCACCUCGUACGCGCAAGGUGAUCCUGGCUACUAAUAUUGCCGAAACCUCCGUGACUGUAUCUGGAGUGCGAUAUGUGGUGGAUUGCGGCAAAGCGAAGGUCAAGCAAUUCCGCACCCGGCUCGGUUUAGACUCUUUGCUAGUGAAGCCUAUCUCCAAGUCGGCCGCUAUUCAACGAAAGGGUCGUGCUGGUCGUGAAGCACCUGGUCAAUGUUAUCGCCUAUACACCGAAAGCGACUACCUGACUCUUGAUGAAACAAAUACCCCCGAGAUCCUCCGAUGUGAUUUGAGUCAGGCACUCCUCAACAUGAAGGCCCGCGGUGUUGAUGAUAUUGCUCGAUUCCCCUUCUUGACGCGACCUCCACGUGAGGCGCUGGAGAAGGCUUUGCUCCAAUUGUUGGGUAUUGAUGCGCUCAAUGAGACUGGUGGUAUCAGCGAGGUUGGCUUGAAGAUUGCUAAGCUGCCGCUUACACCGACCCUUGGACGAGUUUUGUUGUCGGCGUCGGAAAGCGGGACUGAAUGUUUGCUUGAUGCGAUUGACAUCAUCGCCUGUCUCAGUGUAGAGAACAUCUUCUUGAAUACCAGCUCGGAAGAAAAGAAGGAAGCAGCCGAGAUCGCCCGUCGGGAUCUUUACCGACGCGAAGGAGAUCAUCUGACAAUGCUUUCAACGGUUCGGGCCUACGCGGGUGAAAAUGUUGACCGAAAGGCAUGGGCCGACCGGCACCUGGUGUCGCAUCGGGCGAUGCAGUCCGUCAUGGACGUUCGGAAACAACUACGCACGCAAUGUCGCCAAGCAAAACUCUUGCCUCGUGAUGACCGACUAGAUCAACAUUACGAUCCGUCCCCGGUGCUUAUCUUACAGAGCUUCCUGCGUGGCUUUGCGAACAACACCGCUCGCCUUGUUCCUGAUGGAAGCUAUCGCACGGUGGUUGGCAACCAAACAGUUGCAAUCCACCCGUCAAGUGUCUUGUUCGGCAAAAAGGUGGAGGCCAUCAUGUACAAUGAAUUUGUGUUCACGAACCGGAGUUACGCGCGGGGUGUGAGCGCGGUACAGAUGGACUGGGUUGGUGAGGCCCUUGCUGGCCAAUAA